UUUUGAUUCGAUAUCGUUUUGAGAAGCCGGGAACAAGUUGGUCGCUUGCAUCGUUAAUGUACCAAAAUAGAAACCAUGGCAGAUACUACAACAACACCCAGCAGAAAAACAAAAUUGCCACCUCUUGACGGGGCAGCUGACACGGGAGAAACAGAUAAACCUAAAAAGAAAGUUGUACGCAAGAAAAAGAAAGCAGCAGCGGAAAGUACUGAAGAAACAUCUGAAGGUAAACCCAAAACAACCCCGCGACGCAAGAAAGCUGCAAGUGCCGACUCGACAACAGAAGCUGGCGCGGAAUCGACUGCACCUAAACAGAAAAAACGAGCUGUAAAGAAACCGGAGGAUGCCGAUGUGGAUCCUUCUUCAGCAAGAAGUGGAGCAAGUCAAGCAGAGGAUGUAAAUGGCAGCAAGGCAAGUUUGAUCAAAUCACCAAAAGAAGGUACACCAAGAAAAAAGAAAGUCAAAAAGAAGGUGAAAAAGACCACCACAGAAGCAGCAGAUGAUUCAAAUUUCUUUGACAGUACACUUGCAGCAGAUCUGUCUGAGAUACAGGAUGAUGUUAUUGCCCACGAUGCUAAAGUUGACGAGGAGGAAGAAGAGGAAAGUUAUUCCAAGCAGCCAUAUUCCACUGCUUCAGCUGCUCUACGCUCACAACCUACAGAAAAAUUCUACAUAGAAACAGAUGGUGGUUUCAAAGGAGAAUACAAGAGCAGGUUUGCCAAGAGGCAAGCUGAAGAGUUAAAAGAGAAAGCUAUUGUGCACGAGGAACCUAAAAACACUACAAUAGAAUUUGCUAUAAAUACACACAAAGUGAUUCGUACAUUCUGUUUAUUCUGUCAUGGACUUCUAGCUGGGUUAGCUGCCUGGCACAUUGUGAUUGCAUACAUGCUGUUAGAUUUUGGUGAUGUGGAUUUUAUUGUCCACUACAGGAAGCUAGCGUUGCCAGUACAGUGUAUAUUCUAUAUUCUGCUGGUGUUAUGCUCAUGGUCUGCACUAGACAGAUCAGAUGUGGCAAACCCUGGGCGAGGAUUUUUAAUUAAAGCUUUGACAUUACAAAAUGGGGCAGCUUCAGUGGUUUUAUAUUUUGCUGCACUCGUAAUUAGCCUUUCAAAUGGUGCACUAGAAGACAAGAUCCAUUUAUAUGAUCUCAAACCAGAUCUAUGGAAUAAUACAGCAACAACAUCAGAUGAUUUGAUGUUAUGGAGAGAUCUGAACACAUCUCGUAAUGUACUGAGCAUUGUGGGAUGGUUAAUUAUAUCGUUAUCUCCACUGGCAGACAGACUUACAGAAAACCUACAAGAAACAGAUGAAGAAGAUCUAUUAGGUGUUGAAGUAGAGACUGGAAAAUCUGCCAUAGCUUAAUCUUUCACGCACUGGUUUUGUGUAUUAAGUUUGUCUUACAGAGAUGUUGGAAUUGAUCAGACUGUUUUAAAGGAUUGACUUUGCUAGAUAGUAUCAAGGCAGCUAUAUAGGCUAUUAUUUUAUGUAGCAAGUCAGUUCUUAGCCAUUAUACCUCUUAUUCAAUGUAAUAGACUAAUUAUUUGUUGAGAUCAGACAAGUCUCAUUUUCAUGCUCCCUUAAGCAUAUUAUUUUAGGGAAAGGAGAAACUUGUUAUGACUAAUUUUACCGUCUUUCUUUCUCAAAACCCCUUCAAUAAUUUAUCAAUGUCUUACAUAUUUGGCCAAUAACGUGCCAAUAUCAAUUUCUACUCUUGAAAGGACAUGAUUGAAAAUAUUAUGUUUUAACUUUUUAAAAGAGCUUUCACUUUUUAAUAGAUACUUAGAUUGUAGCUACCUUGAAUAGAUAUAUACUCUCUUUGGAAAUUAAAGUGAAUGUGACCAAGAUCACUGUUGCUAAAAUGGAAUUUCUUAGGAUCCUUUGUAAUAUUUAUAGCUAUGUCAAAGUUACAUUAGAGGACAUUGAGCAGACAUUAGCAUUACAAAUAUGCCUAUGUUAUAUAUAGAUGUGCUGUCAGCUAUAGUUAUUGUUCCCAGUUGAAUGGGGAUGCUGCCUAACUUAAAAAAGACAUAUUUUGUGUAAUCACAUUACCUGAUCUUAAGUUAAUUUUUGGCUGUUUUAUUGAAUUACAUUUUCAAGGUAUUAAGAGUUACAAAUAGUGUGUUGAGAGGUCAUUUGUUGGUUGUUGAACUUCAACUUAAAAUAGGGACCUCAUUAGCCCCCCUCAGUGUCGUACAUUAAAAUUUUGCCAGUACGAUUCUUUUGGGUUUUUCUGGAGGGAAGCUAUCCAGCUACCUUUAGUAAUAUGAGAUUUGUUGUUCUACUUGGCUGCAUGCUUAUGCCUUAAGUAAUGAAUGAAGACUACUGCAUUAUCGCAAAUUGUAAUUGUAUAGAAACAAAAAAAUGAACUACUUCUGUUCAUACUAUUGAGUGUUGUAAAAUGAGGUGGCAUAGCAUUUUUUGUGUAUAGAGAUAUUUUGUAGUUGUAUAAUUUAUCUUGUAGAUAUAUUUAAUCCGUCCAAUGGUCUAGUUAUUAAUAAAUUAUUUUAUUACAUAUGUUCAUAUGAUGAAAGUCAAUAUAUUAAAAAAUCA